ACAGAUAUUAUUAUUAAGUAUUUGCAAUGCAUUAUCGCCAUUGGGAAUUUUUAGUUUCAAUGUAAGAUAGUUUAGUUAUUUAGCGCAAACAUGUUAAACAGACAACUGUGCUUAUUAUUGUUUACGAGUUUUCUUGGAGUGGCGCUAUGUGAUAAUUUUCAAUCCACCCUUGGCCAUAUAAAACCAAAGGUUUCUGUGUAUGAUCAAGAAAAUGCUGUUAAACAAUUAAUAAAAAGAAUCAUACCAGAUAGAUAUCAAGACUUUAUUGUGGAAGUCAACAAUGAAAUUGGAAAUGGAAACGAUGCUUUUAACAUUCAAAAAGUAAACGACAAAAUAAAAAUAACAGCUUCAACAGGAGUGGCAGUUGCAACUGGUUUUAACUAUUAUUUAAAGUACUUUUGCAAUAGCCAAGUAGCAUGGCAAGUAACAAGAAUAGAAAUACCAGAAAUAUUACCACAAGUCAACCUCACUAUUACGUUAAACGACAGAUUUCGCUAUUACCAAAAUGUUUGCACAACUGGGUAUAGCUUCGUUUGGUGGUCUUGGGAGCAAUGGGAAAAACAUAUCGAUUGGAUGGCUCUGAAUGCGUUUAAUUUAGUUCUGGCUUUCAAUGGACAAGAAGCUAUAUGGGACAGAGUCUACAGCAAACUAAAUUUGACCCAAGAGGAUAUUGAUGAGCAUUUUAGUGGGCCAGCAUUCCUGCCUUGGUUGAGAAUGGGUAAUAUGAGAGGCUGGGGUGGUCCACUGUCAAACGCAUGGCACGUGAGAUCUUUAAUGCUACAAAAGCAAAUUCUGGGUAGAAUGAGAAGUCUAGGUAUAAUACCGGUGCUUUCAGCGUUUGCUGGCCAUUUACCAAGGGCCUUUAAAAGUUUGUACCCUGACACAAACAUGACAAAAAUGGAGGUUUGGAAUGAUUUCAACGAUACCUAUUGUUGCCCAUACUUUUUGGACCCAACUGAAGACUUGUUCAACAAGAUUGGUACCAUAUUUUUAAUAGAGCAAAUUAACGAAUUUGGAACAGACCAUGUCUACAACUGUGACAGUUUUAACGAAGUCGACCCCAGCACCAAAGAUCUAACGUAUCUACAGAAUGUUGGAAAAAGUAUAUACAAAGCUAUGACAGAUGUCGACCCAAAAUCAAUAUGGUUAAUGCAGGGUUGGCUCUUCGUCCAUAGUUUUUUCUAUUGGACCAACGAAAGAGCUAAAGCUUUACUAACUUCGAUACCAUUAGGAAAAAUGAUAGUACUAGACCUACAAUCAGAGCAAUUCCCACAAUACGAUAGAUUGCAUCAAUAUUACGGACAACCGUAUAUAUGGUGUAUGUUGCAUAACUUUGGAGGAACACUUGGUAUAUUUGGUUCUACAGAUAUUAUAAACGAGAGACCCAUACAGGCUAGAAACGCUCCAAACAGUACCAUGAUAGGUAUUGGGUUGACCCCAGAAGGUAUUAACCAAAACUACGUUGUUUAUGAUUUUAUGAUUGAAAAUGCUUGGCGUGAUAAACCAAGGGAUAAAAAAGAAUGGGUUGAAGGGUAUAUUCGAAGAAGAUAUGGGCAAAGCAACAAAACAUUGGUCAAAUCAUGGAGUAUUUUAAUGGAAACAAUUUAUAAUUACAAAUUACUUUUUAAAAUAAGGGGGCAUUACGCUAUCAGUAUAACACCGAAACUAAACUUUGAAACAUGGGCUUGGUAUAAAUCCACAGAUCUUCACGAAGCCUGGAAAGGCUUUAUAGAGUCCGCAGAUGAUUUUAAAGAUAGCCAAGGUUUUUUACACGACUUAGUCGAUAUAACAAGGCAAAGUCUACAAGUUUAUGGAGAUUAUUACUACGAGAAAUUGAAAAAGGACUUUAAAAACAAAGACUUACACUCGUUCAAUGAAUCUUCCUCUAAAUUUUUAGAGCUAUUCCCAGAUUUGCAAGAUAUAUUGGCGAGCAACAAAGACUUCCUUUUAGGAAAUUGGAUAAGGGACGCGAAAGUUUGCGCAAAUAACUCACAUAACCUGCAGGAUGAAAAAUUGUACGAAUAUAACGCCCGAAACCAGAUCACUUUGUGGGGACCUGGGGGAGAAAUUUUAGACUAUGCUAACAAACAAUGGGCAGGUGUAAUUGAUGAGUAUUUUGAAAGAAGAUGGGUUAUGUUCAUUGAGUAUGCUAUGAAAGUAUUAAGGGAUAACGAUCAUCUAAAUAAAGAUUACAUCAAAACAAAAAUAUUUAAAGAAGUUGAAGAAGCAUUCACUUUUGAUACCAGAGAAGUUCCCACAAAACCAAAAGGAAACACUAUUGAAAUAGCGAAACAAAUCCACGAGAAAUGGAGUGACCUAAAAAACGUUGAAGUUUACUCUAAAAGAAGUGGUAAAAGUUUGGAGGAAAAUUUCGUUGGGACGCAAAGUUUUUAUGAACCGAGCGUUAUAUUAAAAAAGUAAACUAUGUAAUUAUUUUUCACACGUAAACAUAAUUAUCUGACCAGCCCUUGACAGAAAAGGGCGCGACUAAAUAUAUUACCUGUUUUUUCAUUCUAUUAUCAAGGCAUGAUGGAUUGUGUAUUGAUUUUGGUUAAUAAAUUAUAUGAGAAA